AUGUCAACAACCCGGAGACGUACGCACUGUUGCGCAACGUCAACCGCGACGAGCCCGUCAGAAGAUUGCGGAAGGAGCUCUUCCGAGCUCAGCAAUGGGUCAAGUACACGACCGAAGACUACGGUGCGGCGGACACCGAGUACGACCGGGUCAGACGAGCACUUGACGAGGAGGACUCUCAGUUCCUUCUGCUCUCGAGGUUUGACGGCCGCGUCCCCACUGCGUCAGUACGCACUGCCCGCCGGAACCUCCAAGCAAUCGUCGAUGCACUAG